AUGGAGAAAGAAUUGGCACAUAAAUUGGAUGUAAUUCUUAAGAAAUUGAGUGAUGAUGUUCUAAAGAUAGAAUAAGAUAAAUUAUAACAUGUAUUUCAUUCAGUCCAUACUAUAUCUUGGAUUGUAAUUUAAUCAAUAGUACCAUAUAUAAGAGAGGAGUUUAGAGGUUAGACUAUUAAAGUUUUUUAAUUGAUUACAUAAUUAAUUAAAUGUCUUAAAGAUAAUGAUUUUGAUGAAGUGACAAGAAAGUUAUUUUAAUAGAGAGCUUAAAGAAGAAGAUCUUUAAGAUUGAUCAAUUGUUCAUUGUGUGAUAAUUAUCGUAAAAUGCCUUAAAAAUAAGAUUCUAAAUAAGCAAAUUAUAAGAAAUACUUGGAUUAAUUGAAAAGAGAUGGAGUAGAAUUGAAUUCAAAAAUGGAACAUAUAGUAUUGGAAAGAAAGAUUAGAAAAUUAUCAGAUGAUGAUGAAUAAUUUGUUUAUAAGACAUCAAAAGCAUGUUAGGUUGAAUUAGAUGAAUUGUUACAAAAUUCAAAUAAUAAUUAAAAUUAAAAUCCAAUAAUAAAUAAACCAGAUACUUUUGAUGCAGAAACGUAAACUGAAACUCUUACAUCUAAAUUUUCACUAUAAUCUAUAUCAGAAUUACGAAACCAUUUUGUAAAUUACUUUUACUUACAUUCUUAAUAUGAUAAUAUAAAAUAGAUUAUAGAGGAAGGAAUAAAAGCAUGUCAAAAAUAAACUGAGAUAUUUUAAGAUGUAAAUUCAGAUACUCCUGCAUUAAAAGUGAAAUAUUUUGCAUAAUAAUCUUUAUAACAUGUUACUUAAGUGUUAUAAUAAAAAAUAAUUUAGAUUGAAACAACUAAAGAAUUUAAAUCAAAUGAAUUAAAGGAGAAUCUUCCUCCUUUGAGUGAUAUAAUUAAGUAAGUUUAAUUGUAAGAACAUAAGAGAAAGGCAAUAGAGGCAGGAAUUAUUGAAUAUGAUCCUGAAUUUGAUCCAGAAUUACUUUAAAAUAAAAGAAUAGAAUUUAGAGUUAAGGAAAUUAAUGGAUAAUAAGUAAUAGAAGAGGUAGUUGUAGAUGUAGAAAGUGGGGAAGUAAUGAAAACUAGAGCCAGAUAAAGUGAUCCUUAAUAAGAAAUUAUGUUGGAAUAAGAAGAAUUAAUUAAAUAGAUAAAAUCAAAGGAAUAAACAAUAGAUGAAAAUGAAUGGAUUGUUGCUAAAUAUGGAAAUUAGAAAGUGAAGAUUGUUUAAAAAUCAGAUGAUGUUACUUAAUAUGAAGUUAAUACAGCAUAGACUAAAAAGAUUGUUAGAGUUAAAUCUGUAGAUGGAAAUAAAUAAUUAGAAGAGGAGUGGAUUGCAUAAUAAGCAGAUGGAAAACAUUAAUAUAAAGUAUAUUAAUAGAAUGGAUAAUUGUUAUAUGAAGAUAAAGGUGAAUCAGUAGGAAUUAGAUUGUCAGCAAAAAGAUUAGAUCAUAAAGAAUCUAUAAUAGAAGAGAGGACAACUGAGAAUGGUAGUGUAAUGAGAAUUUUAGAGAAAUAAAAAUAUGGAUAAGAUACUAUAAAAAUUAUUAAGAGAAAUAGUUAACAUGAAAUUGUGGAAUCAAUUACAAAAUAAGUGUUAAAAGAUGAUAAUGGUGAAAUGUAUUAACAUGAAGAAGAAAUUAAAUAAGGAGGACUCAAAAUUAUGAGAAAGAUAUAUGUUAAUGGUGAUGAUUAAAGUAAGAAAAUUGAUGAAAUAACUAUUCAUCCAAAUGGAAGGAGAUCUAGUAUUGUAAUGAAAUAAUACAAAGAUAAAACAGAAGCUGUUUAUAAUGAUGAAUUUGGAGAUGAAAUUUAAGUUACUAAAUAUACAUAUAUAAAUGAAAAGGGAUUAUAAGUUGAAUGUUAAAGAAAAAUGAAUAUGAGAACUAAAGAAGUAUAAAUGUAAAAGACUUUUAAAAAUGAAGAUGGUAAAUAAACUAUUGAAACUACUAUAACUUUAGAUGGAUUAGAAAUAGGAAAAUAAAUAAUUAUUUAAAUAGGACCUAAUGAAAGAAUUGAAAGAAUAACUAAAAAUGGUAAGACAAUUGAAUAGAAAGUUAUAGUUGAUGAAUAAGGAUAAGAAUCUAUUCAUAUGGUUGAUCAUGAAAAUAAUAUGAAAAUAUAGACAACAAAUUUUACUAAGAAUUCUGUUGAAUAUUAAUAAUAAACAAUUAAUUUAUCUAAUGGUGCUAAAAGACAUAUACAUUAAAGAUCAUAUUUUGAUGAAAAUAAUGAAAAGAUAGUUGAAGAAGAUAGAGUUGAUGAAUUUGGAUAAAGGAUUUUAAUUAAAAAGAGAAUUAAUGCUUUAGGAGAAGAGAUUAUUUAAGAAUUUGAAGUAGUAGAAAAUGAUGGAUUUAAUCCUGAAUUAAAAUAAAUUAGAUAAUCAUAAAAAAGAUUACCACGUGCAGAAAUAUAAUCUGUUAUUGUUAUAGAUAUAGGAAUAUAAACUGAAGGUUAGAUGCCAUUAUUUACAUAAACUUAAGAGUAAUUUUAAUAGAAAAAAUAGAAUACUUAAAUUAUUAUUGAUAAACCUGAUUUUAAUGAAUUAGAUAAAGAAGCAUUUAAGAAACUUUAAUAAGGUAAAGGCAAAAAUGAUCCAUAAUUUUAAGAGGCUGUUAAUUAAAUCAAAAAAUUCUUUAAUAAAGGAGAUGGAGAAGAAUUAAAAUAAGAAGAAUUUAAUGAAUAUUUAACAAAAUUGAGAUAAAAUCAUUAAAGAUAAUGUGGUGAAUAAUGUUCUCAUUUAUUAAGAUUUUAUGCAAAAUUAGGUUUCUUAAUUUAAAAAUCAGCUUUAAAUAGAUAAGUUUAUAAAUUAUAAAAAGUAUAAUUGUAAGCAAAAGAAUCACUAUGA